AUGAUGAUGUGUGAGAGCGAUAACGAAAGUGAGAACAAUUCGUCGGCUCACAUUUCUGUUUUUGAGCAACGCGCAUACAUUAAAAUCGAAACGAUUCGUGGUAAAACAGUGCCUGAAAUUCAUGCCGCGUUAAAUGAAGUGUGUGGAACGGAUACUGUGGAUCGUAGUACGGUGCAAAGAUGGCAUCAGCGAUUCCGUGAUGGUCGUAUAAGUAUUGAUAAUAACCCUCGCUCUGGCCGACCAUCUACGGUUACUUUUUACUUANGUAAAAAGCGACCAGGAAUGUUACAAAAUGGUGUGUCCAUAUUGCACGAUAAUGCGCGGCCGCAUAUCGGAGCACCAGUCGUCGCUCUUUUGGAGAAAUAUGGAUGGGAACGCUUCAAACACCCACCGUAUCCGCCGGAUUUAAGUCCUCUGGACUUUGAUUUAUUUCCAAAACUGAAGGAACCACUUAGAGGGAUCCGUUUUCCCAACUUAGAUAUACUAAAUGAAGAAGUGAGCCGAAGGAUCCGUGAACUCAACAAAUAUGGCGUCCUAUGCGGCAUUCAAGCGCUCCCGAAACGAUGGCAAUCGUGUAUAGACAAGCAGGGAGAUUAUAUCGAAGGUCUAUAA